AUGGCCGACGGCUUUCAACCACCACCACCAUUAUUUCCGCCACAAUUUCAACAACCAACACAGAUAUUUCCGCCACAAUUUCAACCACCGAGUUUUCAACCUCGCCACCUUCAACAUUCUCCUCGAUUUCUAACACCACCGAAUUUUCAACCUCGCCACCUUCAACAUCCUCGAUUUCUACCACCACCGAUUUUUCAACCUCGCGACCGUCAUCCUCCUCCUCGUUUUCAACCUCCUGCGCGAUUUGAUAACCCUAACCAAAGCGACCUUCAUCCUCCUCCUCGAUUUCAACCUCCUGCCCGUUUUGAUAACCAUAAUCAAAGCGAUCUUCAUCCUCCUUCUCGAUUUCAACCUUCUGCGCAAUUUGAUAACCCUAAUCAAAGGGCUUUUACAACAUUGCAGCAAGUAACUACUGAAACAAGUUCUGGAACAAAGGAAAAUACAUCUGAAACAAGUUCUGCAACAACAGGAGAAACAACAUCAGCUUAUUUUUCAGGUUCAAAAGAUAUUUGGAACGAUUUAACAGAUGAUGAUAUUAGAGGACAUUUGACUGGAUAUACUGGCACUGAAGGAAAGAGAAAGGAAAACACAAAGAACACAAAGAAAGAAGAAGCAACUGUAUCAAGUGAGAGCAAACAGAAAGAGCUGUCAAAGAACCCAAGGCAGCAAAACCUUACUAGAACAGGGUGCAACGCAUCUAUACGAUUGAAGUUACAAAAGGAUGGAAAGUUUAUAGUAUUUCAUCAUGUUAUAGAACACAAUCAUGCCUUAACAAGAGAGUCACUGCAAAACUUUGAAAGAUCACAAAGAAAAAUUGAUGAAGAAAAGGGAAAAGUAAUUGAAGGACUCACACUAUCAGGAAUAACACCAGCAGAUUCCUAUAGAUAUAUGUGUAAUGAAGCUGGCGACGCAAGGGUGGUUGGACACACAUUAGUUGACCACAUGAAUUUCACAAGUAGAUUGAAAAUGAAAAGACUAGAAGGAAAAGAUACACAAGCAGUUGUGAACAUGUUAAUUAAGAGAGGAGAAGAAGAUCCAACAUUUUAUUUUCGAGUAAAGGUGAACGAGGCAAACCAAGUAAUAAGCAUGUUUUGGAGGGAUGGAAUGAUGCAAGAAGAUUAUGACGUAUAUGGUGAUGUCUGUGUCUUUGACACAACUUUCAGAACAAACAAAUACAAUUUAGUGUGUGCGCCAUUUGUAGGUGUCAACAACCAUUGGAGUAAUGUGAUGUUUGGUUGUGCUUUUAUUGCUGAUGAGAAGACACACACUUUUGUGUGGCUAUUGGAAACAUUUCUGGACUAUAUGGGAGGCAAAGCACCUAUAACUAUCUUUACAGAUCAAGAUCAAGCAAUGGCAAAUGCUAUUGAACAAGUGUUUCCUAAUACCAGACAUAGAUUAUGCUUAUGGCACUUACAAAAGAAUGCUGUGUCAAGAUUUGGAGACUUAAAAGCUGACAAUACAUUCAAAGACACAUUCAGGAAGUGCUUAUAUCGUUGUUACAAUGAAGAAGAAUUUGAAACCACUUGGUUUGACAUGAUUACUAAGUAUAACCUUCAAGAUCAUGAUUGGUUUACAAAUCUCUAUACAAUAAAAGAAAAAUGGUGUACAACUUUGAACAAAGAUUUUUUCUCAGCUGGAAUAUUGUCUUCACAAAGGAGUGAGAUCACUAACAAUGCAAUUGGAUUUAAAGGGAACAAAUCAACUUCACUAACAGAAUUCUUUCACAUUUUUGGAGCAACAAUGGAUCGUUGGAGAUAUCAAGAAGAUCAAAAUGAAUAUGAUUGUGGAAAUGCUUUGCCUAAAUCUGAUUUUCCAAUGGUCGGAAUGAUAAAACAUGCGGCAAAUGUUUACACACUUACAUUGUUUAGAGAUUUUGAAAAAGAAUUCAAGUAUGCAAUGGGUUGCAUCUCAAAUGUCAACUACAUCAAUGGAAAUUUCUUUGGUUACAAAGUGCAACAUGAAUCUUGGCCUGAACAUACUGCCCAUUAUGUAGCAUUUGAUCCAACAACAAAUUCCAUUAAAUGCACUUGUAGGAACUUCGAAGAAUCAGAGCAAUACAUUUCAAAAAGGUGGACAAAGUUUGCAAAAAGUGAAUUAUGGAAGAGAAUGGAACAUAGAGAAGAUAAUGGAACAGAAAAGAGAAAAAUUACUCCAUGGCGUUAUGAGAUGGCAAGAAAUUUGUACAACUUGGUUAUUAAAUGUCAAGGGAGUGAUGCAACUAAAAAGGUGCUUAAAGAGGCUUAUGCUCAUGCUAACGAAAGCAUAAAUAAGGUUCUAGAAAAAGAAAAGGCAGCAGAAAAAGAGGCAGCACAAAAGGCACAAGACGAUGUUGAAGCACAACAAACCACAAUCAACAUAGCACCGUCUACAUCAUCAUCAUCAUCAAAUGCACCACAAAUAAUAGUUGAAAAUCCACCACUAGUGAAGACAAAAGGAAGAAGUAAAAGAAAAAAAGGAUACUUUGAGAUAAGGACAUCGUCAACAGCACCUACAGAAUUUGGAACUUUUACACCAAAAGAACAACUUUUUUAG